AUGCCAGUACCUACAGGUGAUGGCAAGCAGAUGCUACAUGUCCACAGCCUCGACAUGGAGCUGAUCCAGCUGCUCGAACAGCGAGUUCAAUCAACUUUGACUGCCAAGUUUGCGCAGCAGGAAGAUCUGAUCCGGAGGCUUCUGUGCAGCCGCGCUGCCGAGCAUGACUGGGAGAUGUCGAAAUCCAUUGCAGCGCGCGAGGCAAACGGAAAGACUCAAGGCCUCCAGGACCCAGAACAGUUUGCGAGCAGCCGUGCGGCUAACCAACGCGAUUGGGAGGAGGUGUCGAAGUCCAUCGAAGCCGAAGCAAAGAGUUCGCAGAUCCUCCGAGAGCAACAGGAGCUUCAGCCACCGGCGCAGCCGAAGGUCAGAAGACGCGAGUCAGCUCUCAACAUGAAGUGGAUUAGAAGAGCGCCGCUAUCUGCUUUGUGGAUGGGUGAAAGGUCGGAUGGACGCUCUCUGCAAAAGCGCCUUCAAGACUUCAUGAGGGGCCCCUUUGAUGUCAUCAUAGGAGCCAUCGUUAUACUGAACAUAUCCUUCAUGAUUUUGUUGACCGAGUGGAAUGGCUCAGUCAUUGAUCAAGCUUUGGGGUUGUCGGAGCCGUCGCCAACCUGGUUUUCCUCGGAGUUCUUCUCAGCUGCUGAGUACAUAUUCUUUGUGAUAUUCCUUCUGGAUGUUGUGGCGAAGAUGUGCAUCUUGCGCCGCGAGUGGUACUACUCACAGCGGGAGGGCGUCAUGUACCUAAACCUCUUUGACGCGUUGUUAGUGACGAUCAAUUUCGUCGAGCUAAUUCUGCUCCCCUUGAUCGCACAGGCUGAUUCGCAAGAGCUACGUAUCAAUCAUGUCCGCGUGAUCAAGCUUUUACGUAUGGGGCGAACUCUGCGCAUUGUCAAAACGCUGUCGGUUUUUUUGCCGCUCCGCGUGCUCGUGGGAACUUGCAUUGCAAGCCUUGGGGCUUUCUUUUGGUCGCUUAUUCUUCUUCUUGUACUGAAGAUCACCUUUGCCCUGAUUGUCAGUCAGGCCUUGCAAUCGUGGAUCCUCGAUGAAUCUCAGAACCUGCAAGAUCGAUUGCAAAUCCAUGCGUUGUACGGCAGCUUUUUGAAAGCGACUUAUACCAUGUUCGAGAUCACGUACUCCGGCGGAUGGCCCACUCUUGUGCGCCCAGUUCUGGAUCUUGUGGACUCAUGGUACGCUGCAGCCUUCCUUCCCUAUGUAACCCUUGUUGUGUUUGCGGUUUUGCGCAUCGUCACGGCUCUGUUUCUCAAGGAAACGUUAGAGAGUGCUGCGCAAGAUGCAGAGAUAGUGAUCGAAGAGACCCGACGAACUGCUCUCAAGUAUCAAGAGAAACUUGUCCAGCUGUUCAACUACUUUGAUGAUGACAAGGACGGGCACUUAUCUCCUGAGGAGUUCAUCGAAGCCAUGAGCUUGCCAAACGUUCAGCAGUAUUUGAGGUUUCUUGACGUCAGUGUUCGUGAUGUGCGGCCUCUCUUUGACAUCUUGUCCGAUGGCGAUGGCCUCAUCACCAUCUCUGAAUUCUGCAAGGGGCUUAUGCAGCUGAAAGGGCAGGCACGGGCCCUAGACAUGGUUCUCCUGCAGCAUGACAGCGCCAAGCUGCUCAAGCAAUGCGAGGAGAUCCAUCGCCUAGUUUCUAAAAGCGAAAAGCCAGCUCGACCUUGA